GCAUCUGUUAUUUUGAACAAUAAAGGGAGCUUGAGCUCGCUCGUCAGGGAAUGACAGCCAUUUUGCUCAUCACACUAUAAGUCAAUCUAGUAACAAAUUGUGGUGCCAUGUAGGAUAUGCAACAUUAUGUGUAGUGCGAUCUGACACACCAGACUUCUGUGUCAUGGGUGUGAGGUCUCCGAGAGGUCAGAUCGGCACAGGGCUAAUGUUAUGUUAGUACGUGUACAUUGUCGUUGAUGUCACUGAUUUUCAAAACGUUAAUUUUUACCAUGUAUUGUGUCCAACGCGGCUUCACACCGGGCGUCUUCGGCGGAGAGCAAUGUCCGUGCUACACCAAUGGCAGGCCACAUUUCCGCCAUCUUCCCACGGAGAAUCAGUGGAAGAGCAGAGGCGGAAGAUGCAGUCGAUGAACAUUGCACAACCAUCAACAAAUGUUAUUGUCUUGCCUUCUAAGCCACCAUGCCCUGCUCCAGCUCGAUCAAUGGAACCAAUUGCAAGCACAGCUCCGUCGCUCACAAACCUGGAAGACAGGUCCUCGGUCGUCGAGACGUCGUCACCGGCCCCCGAUCUCCUUGGUGACAUCCCCUUCGCUUUGGCACCUCAUGUUCAGGCAAUGCAAAGAGGGUUCUCUUACAUUCCUGAUAUACUGCUGUCCAAGGACAUGAACUCUAACCUAACGUAUUUUCAAUAUGACUUCACUCUCGAAAAAUCGGUCCUCCUUAACUCGUAGUUUUUCCCCACCAUGGCCAAGUGAAAAUGAGGUUUUUGUGUCUUUACUGCAUUUGCGACUGUGUAUCCCAUUCAGGGUCAUUAAUGGGCUUAAGUUGAUCUCAAGAUGAUCAAGUAGCAGAGGGGUUUUCCAGCCCGCAUAGAUUGUUUGUUUAUCAGACACGAAGACAAUCCUACCAAUUGAGGUAAAUCAACAUUUCAGAUUAGUUGAAUUUAACAUUUGCAACAUUUUUCAUUCACUGAAAUGGAAAGAUUUGGUUACCAUAUAAAAUCCUACAUGACACGAAACUGUCAAAACAUAUUUUUCCCUAAUUGACAGUGUGAUGCCAUGCCACUUUACGUCAUACUGAAUAUGAAGACGUUGAUGUUUUUGUUUUCAUCUCGCUGUCGAUCAGUAGAAACCAGACACGUAAUCUGAGAAGUGGACGGUUUUUGGAAUGACUUCAAAUUUUUUUUACGAUACAGUGAUCCCUCACUUAUCGCGGUUAAUGGGGACCAGAACCCCCGCGAAAGACGAACAUCCGCGAAGUAGGGUUUGCCCCUCCCCCACCCCCUAGGAAUUUUUGUGUAAGGGCUGGAGGGUACUGGCAUAU